AUGGAUCCACGGAAGUCCUCCGGCCCAAUCAUAAAGGUUAAUCCUGUCUCCGCUCUCGCUUCUAGAAGGGGAAAAAACCUUAAUGCUGGUGGUUCUUUCCGGAGACGACGGUCCAUCACCUCCGAUGAGGCCUGCAUAGUUCUGGCCACUCGCCUGCGCAUUAGUGCGAUGUACAAUAUGAAACAUGUUCGGGCCAUGGGUAACAAAAUGUCUCUGGAUGGAAAUAAACAGCGCGCAAUGGGUAUCCGUGAGUUUCCCCUAUAG